AUGGUAAUUAGGUCUCCAAAUGGACAUUCUGAAGUAAUCGACUUCCGAGAAACUGCUCCACUUGCUGCUAAAAAAGAUAUGUUUGUGGACAAACAAAUCUUUGCUUCUAUCGGUGGAUUGAGUAUCGUCAAGGCUACUGGUGGUAUAAUGACUCUAGAGGAUUUAGAAAAUUAUCGUCCCAUUGUUCGUAAGCCUCUAGUUGGGUUUUAUCAUGGUCGAAAGAAUGAACCAUUCGAACCUGAACAAUAUAAUCCAGUAUUUGAGCCUGUAAAUGAUUAUGGAACAUCACAUUUGUCUGUCAUUGAUGCGGAUGAUAUGGCAGUCUCCGUUACCUCUUCGAUUAACCAGUUUUGGGGAUCACAAGUGGUAGAUCCCGAUACAGAAAUUCUGCUUAAUGAUCAUAUGGAUGAUUUUUCAGUACCUGGUACACCAGAUAAACCACUUUCAUCAAUGAUUCCAACAAUUAUUGAAAAAGACGAAAAAUUAGAGCUGGUUAUUGGUGGAA